GAACAAGUUUUGGCAAAAGGCUCACAUUAAAGUUCAAUGGGUGCUUUAUAGUCGAAUUUUGUCUCGAAUUUACGUCACACCUGAGGGAAGAUGGACAAGGACGAAAUCAGCAGUAACGACGGUACUGAGGUCGAUGUAUCAUCCUCCAAGGACAAGGGAAGCUCCCCAAAGUCCAGAAAUGGCGACAUUGUCUCCCUCUUGCACUCUGUUGUCGAGUAUCUCACCAAGAUUGCCGUUAUCUGUGAAGGGGAUGCCACUGAUGACAGCGCCUCCGUAAAGAGUCUAAUGAAGUACAUGUACAAGUAUGAGAGGAGUCUCAAGGGGCUACAGAAGGCGGUAGAACAAAAUUCUGAUGAUUACGGAAGUGUGAUUAGGGGUGUUGUACGAGCGGUGGAUGACUACAAGAACCCGUAUGAUUGGCUACACCAAAACGUGGUCGAAAAGUAUAUCGCGUCUGGAAAAAGAUUAGACAGUAAACUCGAAGUUAUUCACAAACUUCAACAAGAGCUAGUUGAGCGGCUCAAUGAAAAGGAGUAAAUUUUAAAGCAUAUUUACGUUACAAAGUUUGACAAUUGUCAGAGGGCGUUUUGCUUCAUUCACGCGAAAUCUCUAUCAAAAUUGAAAGU